CCCCGUCCCUCUGCCGCCCGCUCCCUUCCAGCAAGGGAUGCUGGUGGUCCCCGUCGUGGCCAACCUGGGCCCCCUGGAGAACCUGAAGCUGUCCCCAAACCCCGAUGAGGUGGCGGAGACCUUCACGCUGCCGCUGGCCCACCUGCUGCGGGAGGAGAACCAGGGCUACACACAUUUCCGCACCGGCGGCCGCUACGGCUACACCCUGCCCGUCUUCCUCAACGGCCCCCACCGCGUCUGGGGGCUCACGGCCAUCAUCACCGAGCUGACGCUGGAGCUGCUGGCUCCCGAGCGCUACCGCAGGAAGACCCACGUGCCUGGCCGCCGCCUGGCCGCCCCGCCACGUGGGGCCUGACCCACUCCCCCUCCCCGUUUUUGGGAGGAGACGGGGUGCCGCCUGCCCUUCGCAGCUCGCCAGGGGGGUUCUGCCCCUUGGUUUGGUUUGUUUUUUUUUUGGGGCGCGUGGGGCUCAGCCCUGCCACGCGCUCGCGGAGAGGCGGCAGCCCCGGAGCUAUUGCCCACUCCAUGCUGCUGCCAGCCUGUGACGACACUGUGAUUGUAGUAAAAAGCCAUGUUUUAAACCACUUACA